AUGAAGGUCCAGAGAAGCGCAUUUGUCGUUCUUGCUGGACUGCUCAUCUUUGUACAGCAGAGUGUGGCUUUGGAAUUUGAUGGUCCAUGUAUGUCUCCACUUGGAAUGCAGAACUACGCAAUCCAGGACUCCCAACUUUCAGCCUCAUCGGAAACAACAGCCGAAAGAGAAAAAUACGGCAAACAAUCUGCCCGUCUUAACUACAAAUACUCUUGGCGCGCUGAGGGUAAAGAAGGAGCUUAUCUUCAAGUGAACUUUGGUCGGCUAGCWACUGUGAGAGGGAUUGCGACCCAAGGUGAUGUAGAUAAGCCAUGGUGGGUGACGUCMUUUACUAUAAAGCACAGCUUGGACGGGAAUGUAUGGAAGGCCCUAAAGUCAUAUACWGGUAACAGCAAAGAGAUUAAACUCAUGAAACACCUCUUUGACAUGGCACUGACUACAAGACAUAUCAGAGUUGUUCCUUUGGCGUGGAAUGGAGUAAUUGCAAUGAGAAUCGAGCUGUAUGGAUGUUACGCAACGUGCGAUAACCACCCAGUUGGCAUAGCAASCGGUUAUAUCAAAGACUCUCAAAUAAAAGCAACAUCUACUCUCAAUAAAGACACCAGACCUAGAUACGCGCGACUUGAUUAUGAAGGAAAAGACKCUUGGUGCGCAGGCGCAGACGACAAAAACCCUGUUCUGCAGAUUGACUUGGGCGUAGCUCAUGUUCUGUGCGCCGUGGCAACGCAAGGGAAUGUAAAAUCUGAUGAAAUGGUUACCAAGUACUUGCUAGCGACAUCUAUGGAUGGCAAGAAAUGGCAAGAUUACAAGGAGAAYAACCAGAUCAAGAUGUUCGUUGGUAACACUGAUAACAACAUCACUGCCAAGAACUACCUGAACGAAGCGACUGUUGGUAGAUAUGUACGGCUUGUACCUAAAGGCUACCGAGGUGCACGGUGCAUGCGAAUUGAGCUUUAUGGAGUAAAGAGAACAACGUGUGAUAUAUCAGCUUCAGGGCUAGGAGAACCUUUCCCCACAAUUCCAGAUUAUCGAUUUGUCGCCACUUCACAUCUACAUCACAAGUACGUUCCAUAUCACGCUAGAACACAGAACAGUCAUUGCUGGCAGCCUAAAGCCACUGACAAAUUAGGCCAGCUACAGAUUGACCUUGGAGCGCCUCAUAUUCUAUGCGGAGUGGGAAUCCAGCCGACUGGUCAGUCAUUUAGAAUAGACGAAAGAACUCUAACUUUCAAAGUUGCGUUUUCCAUGGACGGUACUAAAUGGACAUAUUACCAUAAGGAAAUUCCAGGCAAUAAGUAUCCAGAUUCCCACUAUCCAACAGUCCAUAUCGACAAGUAUGCGUUUUCUCGAAUACAUAUCGCAAAGUUUGUCGUGAUUGAACCUAUAAAGUACAAGGGAAUGAAAAGCGUUAGAGCAGAAUUGUAUGGCUUGAAACAAGCCUGGAAAAGCUCUUUGGGRCUUGAAAAAGUAAAAGGACAGCCUUAUCUUUCUGAUAGUCAGAUAACAGCAUCCAGCUACUUGCACGAGGAUUUUAGACCGAAAAAAGCUCGUCUAUACGGUAUCUAUUCGUGGUGCGCAGGCGUAAAAGAUCCCUCACCAUAUCUGCAAAUUGAUCUUGGAACUGUAAAGGAGUUAAAUGGAAUGGCGAUUCAAAGGAACUCGAAAUAUCCUGUCUGGGUGUCUAGUUAUAGCCUUGGGUAUGGUAUUAUCAAGUCUAGAAUGUCGACCGUGUUGAAGGAAGUUCCUUUUAAAAUCGAUGUAGGAACAAAUGUUAUCUGGCUAAAGAAGCCUGUCUUUGCCCGCUACAUAAGAGUCACGACUGUCAAGAAAUACAGAGAUAACGCUUGCAUGAGAGUCGAUUUUUAUGGAAACUCAAAAGGUAGGAAYGGUAAACAGAUGUAG